UUGGCAUUCGACACCGCGAAAUGAGAGUUGGUUUUCUAUGAGCGGCGUCGCGUUUCCCUUUCCCCGACUUAAAGGGUCUCGGACUCUCAGACGAAUCUUCCAGCCGAAAAGGAAUUCCUCCGCCACCGCCUCCGCCUCCGUCUCUGACCUAUCCCUCGCUGUCUUCGCUCCCUCGGCCGACUCUCUCCGCCAACGAAACUUCGAACUCUUGUUGGAGUCAUUGGACAUCAAUGGAAACCCUUCACGCGUUUGGAACAACUAUACCAAUGCUAUUUCCACGCUAGGUUACGAGCGCCUCCCUGUCGAACUCCAUCAGGAGGUCCUGCGGAAAUGUACACCCACCAGCACACUUCUCCGCGCGAAUGUUGCUCGCCGUAUGUACGAGGGGAAGGCACCACCAUCUCACAAGUACGAAGACCGGUUUAAGACCAUCAUCCGCAACAUGCGGCUGUCUGGCUACAAAGCGACGGUGGGGGAUUACAACUUCAUCCUGGAGCAGUUCGCGGCGGUGGGCCAUCAUACGGGUGCCAUGAAGGUCUACUCGGAGAUGAAUACGGCUGGAAUCGCACCACGCACGCGAACGUUCGGACUGCUGUUGCAAGCCAUAGCUCAUCGCCUGACCAUGCCCGUGGCCGAAGCGCUAAGAGCAGAACGGACUCUCGUCACGCGGCGGAUGGUGUCCGACCUCGUGAAUGACAUGAAAACGCAUCGCAUACCUUUCACGUCUGUAAACCUGGACUUGACGAUGCGGAUAUUGAAGGAGACGACGGACUUGGCCGGAUUUGAGGCGUUGAUGAGAUGGGGAUAUGGAAUCGACCUCGCAAAUCCCGACUGUCCUCCUCUGGAAUACAUUCAGGGCUCGGGUACCUUGUCCAAUCCACAACCUUUUUCCACUGCGGCCCUCAAUAUGACGCUCGACACCCUGGGACGUUUGAAGAACAUUCCUCGGAUGGUCCAAGCGUUUGAGGUUCUGACAGCGCCACUACCAAAGCGACCACCAUUGGAAGACGACGAGGAGGAACAAUACAGCGUUCUCGCCAACGCUUCGUUCGUGACGCCGCAUGCUUUGCCCAACACCACAACGUACAAUAUCCUCAUUCGGCAUUUGUCUCAGGCUGGACACGGGGUUUUCGCUCGGCAUUAUCUUCUCUGCGCGAUGGAACUAGAGCGUACCACGAGAUACUCUCUGCGAUUAAACAUCGAAAACCUCCAAUUCGAGGAAAUCCCAGCCCCACAUUUCGCCAUCAACCGAGGGACGUUGCUUUCCGUCUUUGGACACAGCAACCGUGAUAGAAACAUCGGGCUGAUGCGCUGGCUUCAUACCAAGAUGCCCGAUAUCAUUUCCAGAAAGCGGGGUGAGUUGCUCUUUCUGUCUCCCCUGCGGGAAAGGAGGAGGAGACUGGGUCAAUUCCCGUACGACGACCCAAACUACAUCCCGGUACAUCUGCCCCCAAAGCAGACGCCAUCCCGCGCUGACCCGAACAUAUUUGACCUCGACAUUGACGACGAGCGCGGCCCCCCUCCUGCUCCGUCGAAACUGUUCAACCUCGAUCUGCACAUGACUCUCCUCCAACGCGACCUGGGUGAGAUCGAGGCUUUGUACGAGCACGUGACAGACAUCCUACACAAGAGAAGCAUGCAACAAAAGGAUCGGCUGGGCCGCAGGGUUUCUCGUGGAAAGGAUUUGUACUUCCGGUCGACCGAGGGGCGGAAGCGAAUCAGUGGAUCUCAGUGGCAGGAGGUUGCUGGCUAUCACAGACACGGGCAAGCUCGCCCCAAGCGGUUUGAGCACUAUGUUAUCGCUGAGGACCCCUCCCCGGCAGUAGACGAGAAACCAUAGCAUCUACGUAGGGGGCGGAAUUCGACUAAUUCGGAAUACAGCUUCCGC